UCAUCUCCUUAACACCUUAAUACCCCCCCCAAACCGUCAAAAUGGCUGGUGGUGACGCCAAGAAGGGUGCUUCCCUCUUCAAGACCCGUUGCGCUCAGUGCCACACCGUCGAGGCUGGCGGCGGCAACAAGAUCGGCCCUGCGCUGCACGGCCUCUUUGGCCGCAAGACCGGUUCCGUCGACGGCUACUCCUACACCGAUGCCAACAAGCAGAAGGGCAUUGAGUGGAACAACGACACUCUGUUCGAGUACCUCGAGAACCCCAAGAAGUACAUUCCCGGCACCAAGAUGGCCUUCGGUGGUCUCAAGAAGGCCAAGGACAGGAACGACCUGAUCGCCUACCUCAAGGACGCUACCGCCUAAGCGGAUCGCCCUCUCUUCUCACUCACCCACAAUCCACCACAUACCCUCUCCACACUCCACCCACCAUCCACCACCACAGGUCGUGUUGUUGUACCACUAGGAUACGAAAGAACGACGGGGAAGAAGAGCUCGGAAGCUGCAUUAGACGGGAUUCGGCGAGACUUCCUUUUCCUUCAGACAUAAUGCGACAUGUACCAUAGAACUCAAAUGAUGCCCUCCAGGACAGUGCGUCCGGGGCAGCGGGCACGCUCGAUGGCCCGCCUUUUAUUCCAUCUCCUCUUCUGCGCUCA